AUGGGAUUGCUAAGGUUCAAUGACAGCUUCUGGUCGCAAGAUUAUUUGUCUGGGCUAGAGCGCCUUUUUGAGAUCCUCUUUGGCAGGACCGAAGAACUGGAUCAGCUCUGCAAGUUCGUGGCUGACCUUGUGCUGUUCGAAAAGAAACUGGGAAACACCCUUCUGAAGCUCAAUGAUGACGGUAAAGCACAGAGAUUAGCCAAUGGAGACAUAGACGAGGUAAUUGAUAGGCUGCACUCUUCGGCCCAGACCAAUCUAAAGCUAGCGCAGUUACUGGAAAGGUCCAAUUUGUUGAAUCUCAGGAAGUUUGCAGUCGAACAUCGCGAGACAUUGAAAAAAGAGUCUGACAAUAUAUUCAAGGCUGUUAAGAUAUUCGAGGAUAUGGUCUCCCUCUAUGAGAAGUCAAGGCAGAUUUUCGAGCAGAAGUAUCAGGAGUUGAGGCAAACGAACGAAAGUUUGGAAUUGGAAGACAGUUCUCUGGACUUAAUACUGAAGCAGGUGCAGAAAGAGGUCAGAGAUGAAAAUGAAAAGCUUUACACCGAGGAAUCCGAUGAUUACAAGUUGUCGGUUUUGCAGAUCAAGAAAUCUGAACUGCGCAAGGUGCUAGUUGAGCUGUUGCAGUUGCACACGGAUAAGGACUACGUGAUCAAAGGAUUGGAGCUCUCUGAGUUCAUAGACGCGACUUAUGAGCUUUCUUUCAAGGAAGUUGAGGAUUUCAAGUUUGACCUGGUGAAGAAUGGCUUUAUUAAAGUUUUCGAGGGCAAUGGGAUAAGCACAAAUUACCAAUGGACUGAUAAAACUUUGAAGUUUGUUGACCUUGGGAUGGAUCUAGCGAGUUUGCAGCUGGAUGACUCUCGAAGAAUCCGGGCAAGUAUUCUGGAGUUCGAAGAGUUGAAGAAGGCGCAGUUUCAGAUGUUUUUGGAGGUUGAUAAAUGCCGAUGUGAUCUUGACUCAACGAUCAUGCUAACUCUAAACGCACUGGAAGAAUUGGAAUUCAAACGAAGAGAAAAGAUGAGGCAAUGCCUUGAGGAUUUGAGCUCUCUCAUUCCUGGAUUUGAACCCAAGGUGGAUACUGUUCAGGACUUGCAAAAAUUUAUCAUGAAAUACAGAUUUGGAUUCUACAGACCUCGCCAAAUCCCAUUCACCAGUUUCAAAAAGCUUUACGAGUUUGAAAAUUUUACGCAAAACCAAAUAUUUGGAAGUGAUCUGGUGGAGUUGACUAUCAAGGAAGAUAAAACGAUACCCGCUAUCAUAUAUGCCUGUCUGAAGCAUAUUGACGGUAUCAAGAGUGAUUCGGAAGUCUGGGAGCAUUCGAUGAUCGAUUCCGAGACUUUCAAGCUUAGGGAAGAGAUAGUUGAAAUCACCAAGUCUGAAAAGAAAUACUGGUCCAAAAAAUUUGUCAACACGAAAAUCCUACCGCUAUUUCAGAAGUACGAACCGGAGACUGUGAUUUCGAUCAUCAAAUUGUUCUUCUUGGAGCUACCAGAGCCGUUAAUCGAAUACGGCGAUAUUCCCAGUGAGAUAACAGAUGACUCAGUAGCACAUGCUGUUGACUCGUUGCGCACAGAGUACAAAGAUACUUUGGCUUCUUUGGUCUCUAGGUUUACGGAUAAGAAAGAGCUACAUGAUGUCAUUUCCAAAAACUUAUCCCAUGUAUUGACCAACUGUGAACCAGCACAAGAUGCCAAUUGCCAAAUAUUCAUAAAAAAGAUGUUAUCCCACGGCUCAAUAUUCUGA